UUAAAAAAAAGAAAAAAGGCGUCGUCUUCUCCUUCGCACUCUUCUUUUCUCCUCACUCUCCAUAUCUACCCACAUUCAUUCCUUGCUUCCUCCUUUCCCUGUCACGAGAUCCCUCCUCUCUCCCCCUCCCCUUCUCCUCCCCUCUUUACUCUCUCUCUCUCUCUCUCUCUCUCUCUCUCUCUCUCUUCAUGCCUCCUCUUCCUCGGUCUCUGCUUCAUUCUCUCUCCUGUCCAUCUCCAAAACCCUGCUAAGCGGAGCGCGUCGACGGUUCGCAGCACGACCCGCCAGGUGUUCGACGAAAUGUCCCACACGGGUGCCAGCAUGACCAACGGCCAUGUCGGCGCCGACGCGCUCUCCGAUCGCUUCGACGGCGCCGUCGCCUUCGACGCCAACAAGCCGGAUGCGAAGGAGAUCUUCGCGCUCGCGUCCGCCGCCACCACGAGCAGCAGCUCCACCGGCUCCUCUGCCGGCCUCGCGGGGCGCCGAACUCACUCGGGCGAGUUUCUCUUCGGGUCGAGCAGGGAGGCCGCUCACAACUCCGCCGGCGCCGUCGCUUCCAAACCCGGGCACCGCCGCACGGGCUCCGUCCCGAUCAUCCCCACCGCGGCCUCCACGACCAGCACGGCCACUUCCCCCGUGACCCACGCACUCCCCGCCGGGAACAUCUGCCCCUCGGGGAAAAUCGCGAAACCCGGCGCGGCGCCGCUGAGGCCCGCCGCGCGGAGCGACGUGCUCGGCUCCGGCACCGUUAAUUAUGGUCACGGGAGCAUAAUGCGGGGCGGGGGUGGCGGCAGCAGCAAUGGCACCGCGUCGGCAAAGGUGGCUGUGAGUAUGGAUAAUGCGGAGGAGGUGAAGAGGGUGGGGAAUGAGCAUUACAAGAAGGGGAGGUUCGAGGAGGCGCUGCGGCUCUACGAGAGGGCAAUUGCAAUGUGCCCGGAUAACGCCGCGUGCCGCAGCAAUCGUGCGGCCGCGCUUAUCGGAUUGGGGAGGCUGGGAGAGGCCGUGAGGGAGUGUGAGGAGGCCGUCCGGCUCGAUCCGGCCUACGGGCGCGCGCACCAUAGAUUUGCUGCACUGCUCAUACGGUUAGGGCAGGUUGAUAAUGCUCGGAGACACCUCUUCUUGGCUAGUCCACAACCGGAUCCCGUUGAGUUGCAGAAGCUACAAGCAGUAGAGAAGCACUUGAGCAGAUGCGCAGAAGCCAGGAAGAGUGGAGACUGGAAAAGUGCUUUAGGGGAAAGCGAUGCUGCUAUUGCAGCAGGGGCAGAUUCAUCUCCCUCGCUCAUUGCUUUAAGAGCAGAAGCACUUCUCCGACUUCAUUACCUCUCUGAAGCUGAGUUGGCUGUGUCCAAUGCGUCCAAACUUGUUGAUUGUUCCUCUUCAUGCUGCUCGGUUGCAAGGGCUUUUGGUUUUCUCUCCCUCUCCUACAUCUUUUUUGUUCGUGCCCAAGUAGAAAUGGCAUUGGGAAGGUUCGAGAAUGCAGUUGGAGCAGCUGAAAAAUCAAAGCAAGCAGAUCCCGGAAAUGUAGAAGUGACAACAAUGCUUAACAAAGUAAAAGCCGUGGCCCGAGCCCGAUCCCUAGGGAACGAGCUCUUCAAUUGUGGAAAGUUCGCAGAGGCUUGCUUAGCUUAUGGAGAAGGGCUUAAGCAUGAUCCCUUGAACUCCGUCCUCUACUGCAACAGAGCAGCUUGCAGAUACAAGCUCAGACAGUGGGAGAAGUCUAUUGAUGAUUGCAAUGAAGCCCUUAGGAUUCAACCAAAUUACAUUAAGGCCCUCCUUAGACGUGCUGCCUCAAAUGGCAAGAUUGAAAGAUGGGCUGAAUGUGUGAGAGAUUAUGAGGUUCUCAGUAAGGAACUUCCUGGUGACAUCGAAGUGGCAGAGGCUCUGUUCCAUGCUCAAGUGGCACUUAAGACGUCUCGUGGUGAGGAAGUAUCAAAUCUCAAGUUUGGAGGAGAGGUUGAAGAAAUCACGGGCAUCGAGCAGUUCCAAACAGCUAUAACUCUGCCCGGAGUUUCUGUCGUCCACUUCAUGGCAUCGCUGAAUGAGCAUUGCAGCAAAAUCUCGCCAUUCGUUGAUGCUUUGUGUACCCGAUAUCCAUCUGUGAAUUUUCUAAAGGUUGAUAUAAGCGAGAGUCCUGCUGUCGCCAAAGCAGAGAACGUGAGGACAAUCCCCACAUUCAAAAUCUACAAGAAUGGCGCGAGGGUGAAGGAGAUGAUUUGCCCUAGCCAGCAAGUAUUAGAGUACUCUGUGAGGCACUAUGUAUUUUGAAGUCCAUGAAGCUGAUAAUUCUUUGAUACUUCCGUCCACUCAUCAUCGUCGUCACACCAAGCAAUGCCGGCCAUUUAAUGAUCCAUUAUUGAGAAGUCAGCAUGAGGAAGAGUUAUUGAAAUGCCAAUUUCACACCCUUUUUCUGGUUUAAAUGUAUGCAUAGUCCCUGUACAAUCCCAAUGUUGCAACUUGGUCGCAAUACUUUUCACAUUAAUACUUUAGCCGCCGAAAUUUCACAUCUACUGCACUUGACCUAAAACAAAACUUAAAUUCGCUUAUAAAACGAUCGUUUUAUUUUUUACUGCCUCAAUUUACUUCAAACAGGGUUUAAAGGUCAUUUUACAAUAAAACCGUUCUUAUUUGCCGUCGAGGGUGUAUAAGUGUUGUCUGAGAGAGUUUAAGAUCUAAAGCAUUUGAGUAAAAAGUACAUGAGCAAGUUGCAGUGUUGGGACCGUCCAUGGACUAUUCAUACAUUUACCCUUUCCUUUUUAUUAUCUACCACCCUGUUUAGCUCCUCACCUACCUUAUUAAUUAUUUUCAUGGCCUUUAUUUGGAACCCUCUCUUUUCUUUCUUAGCCAUGGUUGCGAUUUUCUCAUACAAGAAACGAAAAAGAAAAACCGUUUUCCUCUUCAUGAGAAGCAUGAGUAUAUAUAUAUACUUAAUUUAGUUGUUCUCUUCAAAGACGGAGAUAAAUUGGCUGUUGCAGAUGUAUCUGUAUAUAAACUUGUAUUCAAAAUGGUGAUACUGCUGCAGCUGGUGCCGGUAAAUGGUACCAUUUUGUUUAUCAAUAAGAGAACUAGUAAUUCUUUUAGUUCCA